AUGUAUCUCGCAAAUCGAGAUAAAAGACAAGCAUUGGCCGAUGUUUCCAAAUGGCCAAACAAGACUCUCAAUUAUUAUUAUGACGACAUACCUCUCGAAUUUCAAACCUUGUUCCGAGAUGCGUUUGAUUACCUCAGAAGUCAUACAUGCUUAAAGUUCAAUUAUGAUGAUGGUGCUGAAAAUGUUGUGAGAAUUCAUACUGGAGUCAGAUGUGAAUCGCAAUUGGGAAUGCAGACCGUUGAACAAUAUCUGAGUUUUGGGUAUUACUGUGGAUCUUUCGGAAUAGCUGUUCACGAGAUCAUGCAUGCUCUUGGAAUAGCUCACAGCCAAUCUCGAAGUGACCGGGAUGAAUACAUUGUUGUGGAUUCCUGGGAUCAUAACGAUGAAACGCGAAACACUAUUAAUUCAGUUCCAUUUGAUUACGGAAGUGUGAUGUUGUAUUUUCGAGAUGAAUCCCGUUGGCCUAAAGAUCCCGAAUACAACUACACAAUGGGUAACCUUCGUGUCGCAUUCUACGAUAUGAUUAUGCUCAAUCAAUAUUAUGACUGCAACUGUGAUAACCAUCCAGAAAAGCUUGACUGUAAAAACGGGGGCUAUCAGAAUCCAGCAAAUUGUAAUGAAUGCCUCUGUACUGAUGGUUUCACAGGACAGUUAUGCGAAGAACUGAUGGGGUCUGUUAUCGAGGCAAAAACGGAAUGGCAUUUUGCUUAUUUUGCGCCACCUGAACAUGUAGGCAUCCCUAGGAACACAAUGCCAUCAACUAGGUUCACACAUGUGACAGCGCCAGAAGGAUCUAUUAUCGAAGUCAAGCUUACAGAGCUUAAUGGUUUCGAUUGUAAACUAUCGUGCGAAUAUAACGGACUAGAGCUAAAAUAUAAAACGGAUCGAAGAAUUGUCAGUCCAAUGGUAUGCUGUAAUCAUGAUAAUCUGUGGAAUACUACCCGCUCUUCCACAAAUAAUCCAUUUGUGAUUGCUCAUUACGGAGAUGUAAGAACAACUCAAUUUAAGUUCGAGUUCCGAUAUGUGCCAGGAAACUCGACCGAGGAAAUUGAGAAGAACACAGUUUGA